AAACACAAGAAACACAAACGUCGGCUUUAGGAGUGAGGUGGCUGCCUCUGCCAUAGAUGGGCUUGAAUGGAAGUAGAAAGUUACAUGUUAGAAACAGAUGGUACUAAACUUUAUCUAGAAUGAAUGGAACAGCCUACUCCAACUUUGAUAAUCAAGAGCAUAUCCUCAAAUUGGGAGAGACGUUUGAGAAACAACCUAAAAGCGCAUUCCACACGGUUCGAUAUGACUUCAAACCAGCCUCCAUUGACACCACAUGUGAGGGGGAGUUAGAGGUUGGCAAAGGGGAGCAGGUCACUAUCACACUGCCAAACCUUGAGGGCUCCACAGCUCCCGUGACCGUGUUCAAAGGCUCCAAAAGACCCUACAUGAAGGAAUGCAUUCUCAUAGUCAACCACGACACAGGCGAGUACCGCUUGGAGAAGCUCAACAGCAACAUCGCUGUGAAGAAGACCAGGGCGGAGGGCAGCAGUAAGAUCCAGUCUCGGCUGGACCAGCAGACGAGCCGCCUGAGCCAGCAGCUGAAGCCUGGAGGGAGCAGCAAGGCCUCGUCCAGCUCCAAGAGCUCCCCCCCGAAGGAGAAGCUCUCCCCUGCCUCCCCCAUGGACGACAUCGAGAGAGAGUUGAUGGCGGAGGCACGUGUGAUGGAUCAGAUGAGCAGUGGCGACAGCUCCUCCGACUCCCGAAGCUCCUCCUCCUCCAGUGACAGCUCCAGCUCCAGCGACAGCGAAUCAGAGGACGAGAGACGCAGAGGCCAGCCCCCAGCCGCGCCCCCUCACCAGGGCAUGCCCAUCCUCACCACCACCACCACCUCCUCUUCCUCUUCCUCUCACGUGCGGCCGGAGGAAGGUGGUGGCGGCGGAGGAGGAGGAGGAGGUGGUCAUCUCAUGAGCACGCUCAAGAACGACCUGCAGCUGAGCGAGUCCGGUAGCGAGAGUGACGACGACUGACUUGCCUCUCCCCACACUGAGCAAGACCACUGCCUGCAGUAUAUACAAAGCCAAUGUACCGGAUAACAGCCGACUCUGAAAUGGAACUGGGCCGAAUGGGGGCCGGAUUUAGCCCGGAUUUGGUGCUGAAUCCGGCCUUAUGUCUUUCAGAGUCAGCUGUUAUCUCGAAUGCAGGAGGAGGAAUCCGCUUGAUGUGUCAAGUUUAAAUGGAAAAUCUUCUCUGUAGCUUGGAAUGGGGAACCUCCCCCACCUGCAAUCUGUUGUUGUUGUUGGUUUCUCUCUCAAAGCAUCAGUAUUUAUUUUGUGUAUUUUGUCAAUAGCUUAAUCUUCUAAAUGGAUGCUUUGUAAUUUUUAUUUAAUUUCCUCCUUUGGUAUGAAAUAUAGGCCUGGUUUCCCAUACAUGGAUUAUGUCUAGCCCUAGACUAAACAAAUCAGUGAAAAUCCUCACUGAAACAAGUCUAGUUUAGGACUAGACUUAGUGCAUCUACGGGAAACUGGCUGAUGGUAUCCACCACCAAAUCCCUCUUAAUCUUAAUUUUGUUGGCAGAUAUCUCCAGAUUUUAGAAAUAAGUGCUGUUGCGACAUGAUUAAGUUGUGAGUUUAUCAUCUCAUUUGAAGGUAUGAGUAGAAAAGUAGUCUGACUAGGCUGUGCACAGCCAUCCUAAAGUAAUUUAUCGUUAGACUAAUGAAUGGCCAAGUUCAAUGUAGUGCUCAAUGAUCUAGCAAACAUAUCGAGGCUUGCCUUUGAAAGAGCCAAUACGUUUACUUGAAAUGGAUUAGUUUAUCAGUAAGAAUUAAUUUCGUAUGCAAAAUAUUAAUUUCAUAUGCGGUUCACAGCUGAGAACCUGUCAACUUAUUACGAAGACCACACUUAGCCGCCUUAAACCUGCAAUACUUGAAUGUGUCCGUCUUACUGUGGUGGUCUGCAGUUUCCGAAACUUUCAAAAAGACCAACAUGCUGCUGUUUGGUGCACCCCACAGGGCUCUUCUGGCUUGCUGUAGGAUGAUAAACGUCUCUCUCGUGUGAUGGGCAGAAAUAUGUAGCUGUGGAGUCUUAAACACACUACAGUACAGUAUGCCUUGACCUUUUUUUUUUUUUUUGCAAUUCAUCUUCAAACCUUUCAAAUCCAACCUUCUCUUUCUUUCUCUCUCUCUCUUUCACUCACUGCUUUCUCUCUGUCUUUGAUGUGUGUCUCUCUGCUGACUGUUUCUCUCUCCUUUUUGUCUGUUUACUGCUGGGUUACUGUUUGCCACGCUGGAGCUCUCUCUGUUUAGAUAGCCACGCCAGGUGUUUGUUUACUUGGCUAAAGUAGCUGUCUGGAGAAUGAGGUGGGGUCGGGGAGGGGGAGUAUCGGAGCGUGUGCCCCACAAACCAGAGAUGGCUUACUGCUGCUUCCCCAAUGGCUCUAUGAUGAGAAUUUAAUGAAAGUUAUUCAUGCUGGAAAAUAAAUAUUUAAAUUCUUUUGCCAAAA